GCCAGGCGAACGCUAAAAAACCGCGUCCAGCGCGCCCGCCGCCGCGAGUGUUGACGAGUCAGCCCAGUCACCAGUCACCCGUCACCCGUCCACAGCGAGUCGCGCUGCUUACAAGGCGCACCGCCGCGCAGCAGGCGAGCUCGAGACCAGGGCUGCUGCAGCGCCAUGGCGCCGACGCACAAGGGCUCGAUCCCCUCGCCCGCAAGGGUCCACGGCGCGUUAGGACUCUGCCAGGUCUUGUUUGGCGCCGGCGCCGUCGUCGGCGCGCUGGGGCUCCCUGCAUUCAAUCCAUUAGUUUUCGCUUUACUGAGGGAAGCGCUAGCCGCACCUCUAUUAGCAACAGCAGCCUACCUGACAACAAGAACGACAUUCACCGACGUCGCGCCCUAUAGCCGAUUGUUCGGCGAGUGCGGCACUCUUAUUUUUGGAAAUCAAGUGCUGUUCGUCGUCGGCCUCAAGCUCUCGAAUCCGGUAGCAGGAGCCAUCUGGCAGCCUUCGCAGCCCAUCUUCACGGCGGCUUUGGCCUCGUUCAUCGGCGCGGAGACGCCGUCUCCUCUACGCUUUGCUGGCGUGGCAUUGGCGUUCCUAGGUUGCGCGACGAUGGUCUCGUUUCGCGCCCACGAGACGCACACGAGCGGCGGGAACCUCACGAGGGAGCUCUGCGGCCACGUGUGUUUCUUCGGCAACUGCCUCUGCACGUCCGGAUAUGUGUUGCGGUCGAAGCAGUUGCUUCGAAGGUUCCCGGCGCUCUGCGUGACCGCUGGAAGCUAUGUGGUGGCCGCUCUGUGCAUGCUGGUGACCUGCGUGUUGCUCAACUCGAACGCGUAUAUCGUGGAGUUCUUGUGUCCCGAUUGUACGAGUGCCUGGGCGGUACCUAGAGGCGCAUGGCUACCUUUGCUGUAUUGGGUCCUGUGCCAGUCGUGCGCCGCCUACGCGUUGAUGACCUGGGCGAACCGGGUGGCGUCCGCGUCAUUGGUGUCAGGCUACUCCGCGCUGCAACCGGUGACCGCGGCCGUGCUCGCGGCGGUCGCCGUCGCGCUGGAGUGGGCGCCGGCCUGCACGCCUCUGAGUAGAGGUGGGUCCUGUUUGGCCUAUCCUGGUGUGGGUGAUCUCGGUGCGGUGGGCGUGUUCGCGGGACUUUAUCUGGUCGUCGCGUCGGAGCCGGCGGCGACGUCGUCGCGGGAUCCCGUCGACCCGGCGCCCCUACUAUCGGCGGAGAAGAGUUCCUCCGAGGCGUUGGGGCCCUGAGUGUCCUUUGGUUUUGAUUUUUGUGUGAACUAAAUUUCCAAGCUUAUAGA